GACCAAGACCUCUUUUCUUCUCUUUUCUCUGGAACCAGCUUCUGGUGAUCUCGUUUUCUCACACACACUACUCUCUUACAAUCCUCUUUUUCUUUCUCUCUCUCUCUAAAUUUCUCAUUCUAUCUCCAACGAUAACCCUCACAGGUUUGAAUCCCAAGACAAUUCAUCAUGACCGUGAGGAUGCCCGCUCCCAUUGACCAACAAGAGGACGAGGAGGUGCUUGUGCCGCACGCGGAUUUGCCUGAGAACAAUCACCAACCCAUGGAAGUUGUAGCUCAACCUGAAACUGCCAAUACAGUGGAGAGCCAGCCUGUCGAGGAUCCUCCGUCAUCCAGAUUCACGUGGAGAAUUGAUAACUUUUCUAGGCUGAAUACAAAGAAGUUCUAUUCAGAAAUAUUUAUUGUUGGUGGUUAUAAAUGGCGUGUGCUGAUUUUCCCUAAAGGAAACAAUGUGGACCAUUUGUCCAUGUAUUUGGAUGUUGCAGAUUCAGCUAGUUUGCCCUACGGUUGGAGUAGAUAUGCACAGUUUAGCUUGACAGUUGUUAAUCAAAUCCAUAAUAAGUAUUGUGUGAGAAAAGACACGCAACACCAAUUUAAUGCUCGUGAAAGUGAUUGGGGUUUCACGUCCUUCAUGCCUCUUGGUGAAUUGUAUGAUCCUAGUAGAGGGUAUCUUGUGAAUGAUACUCUUAUAGUUGAAGCUGAGGUUCUUGUUCGUAGGAUUGUUGAUUACUGGACUUAUGAUUCAAAGAAGGAGACUGGCUAUGUUGGGCUUAAGAACCAAGGAGCUACCUGUUAUAUGAAUUCUCUUCUCCAAACCUUGUAUCAUAUUCCUUAUUUUAGAAAGGCUGUGUACCAUAUGCCAACAACUGAGAAUGAUAUGCCCACAGGAAGCAUCCCUUUGGCUCUACAAAGUUUAUUCUACAAGCUUCAAUAUAGUGACACUAGUGUUGCGACAAAGGAGCUGACAAAGUCUUUUGGAUGGGAUACAUAUGAUUCUUUCAUGCAGCAUGAUGUUCAAGAACUAAAUCGGGUUCUUUGUGAAAAACUUGAAGACAAAAUGAAGGGAACUGUUGUUGAGGGAACUAUACAAAAGCUAUUUGAAGGGCACCAUAUGAACUACAUAGAAUGCAUCAAUGUAGACUACAAAUCAACUAGGAAGGAGUCAUUUUAUGACCUUCAGCUUGAUGUCAAAGGUUGCCGUGAUGUUUAUGCUUCCUUUGAUAAGUAUGUUGAAGUUGAACGUCUUGAGGGGGAUAACAAAUAUCAUGCUGAACAGUAUGGUUUGCAGGAUGCUAAGAAGGGUGUCCUGUUUAUUGAUUUUCCUCCUGUCCUUCAGCUUCAGCUGAAAAGAUUUGAAUAUGACUUUAUGCGAGAUACUAUGGUCAAGAUUAAUGAUCGUUACGAGUUUCCCUUACAACUUGAUCUUGAUCGUGAGGAUGGAAAGUAUUUAUCACCUGAUGCUGAUAGGAGUGUCCGCAAUCUUUACACUCUUCACAGUGUUUUGGUUCACAGUGGAGGUGUGCAUGGCGGACAUUAUUAUGCUUUUAUCAGGCCAACUCUCUCUGAACAGUGGUACAAAUUUGAUGACGAGAGAGUGACAAAAGAAGACAAUAAACGGGCAUUAGAGGAGCAAUAUGGUGGUGAGGAGGAGUUGCCACAGACAAAUCCUGGAUUUAACAACACUCCAUUUAAGUUCACCAAAUAUUCAAAUGCUUAUAUGCUGGUGUAUAUACGUGAAAGUGACAAGGACAAAAUUAUAUGCAAUGUGGAUGAGAAAGACAUUGCUGCACAUUUAAGGGAGAGGUUGAAGAAAGAGCAAGAAGAAAAAGAACACAAAAAGAAAGAAAAGGCAGAAGCUCACCUUUAUACUAUUAUAAAGGUGGCAAGAGAUGAAGAUCUUGCAGAGCAGAUUGGAAAGGAUAUAUACUUCGAUCUUGUAGAUCAUGACAAAGUGAGGAGUUUCCGAGUCCAAAAGCAGAUGUCUUUUAACCUUUUCAAGGAAGAGGUUGCGAAAGAGUUUGGUAUACCAGUUCAAUAUCAGCGGUUUUGGCUGUGGGCAAAGCGGCAAAACCAUACCUAUCGUCCUAAUAGACCGUUGACACACAUUGAGGAAGCACAAUCUGUCGGACACUUAAGAGAAGUCUCAAACAAGGGUCACAACGCAGAAUUGAAGUUGUUUUUGGAAGUGGAGCUGGGGAUGGAUUUAAAUCCCAUCGCCCCACCUGACAAGACGAAGGAUGAUAUAUUACUUUUCUUCAAGCUAUAUGAUCCUGAAAAAGAGGAGCUGCGAUAUGUUGGAAGGCUCUUUGUGAAGUGUACUGGCAAACCAUUGGAAAUCUUAACAAAGUUAAAUGAAAUGGCUGGUUAUGAUCCUGAAGAAGAUAUUGCCCUUUAUGAGGAAAUUAAGUUUGAACCAAAUGUCAUGUGUGAACCUAUUGACAAGAAAGUAACAUUCCGAACAAGUCAGCUGGAGGAUGGAGAUAUCAUAUGCUUUCAGAAGGCUUCCUCUAUGGAUAGUGAGGAAAAUGUCCGCUACCCAGAUGUGCCAUCGUAUUUAGAAUAUGUGCAUAAUCGCCAGGUGGUUCACUUUCGAUCUCUGGAUAGGCCUAAGGAAGAUGACUUUUUCUUGGAGAUGUCAAAGCUUUAUACAUAUGAUGAUGUGGUGGAGAAAGUAGCUCAGCAACUUGGUUUGGAUGAUCCGUCCAAAAUACGCCUCACCCCACACAACUGCUACUCACAACAACCAAAACCUCAGCCUAUUAAAUAUCGAGGGGUGGAUCAUUUGUCAGAUAUGUUAAUUCAUUACAAUCAGACCUCAGAUAUAUUAUACUAUGAAGUCCUUGACAUCCCUCUGCCAGAAUUACAAGGUGGUUAUUCAUACUAUCAGACUUCCAAAGCAGAGCACUGUUGGAGAUGUCCUUGAUGAUCUUAAAACAAAGGUUAAGCAUUUAUUCAUUAAAUUGCCUACAUACACAAUAAUACUAUGGUCAAUUCACAACUGCACACAAUUGUCAUAAGGGGUUCAUCUGAUGUCAAAAGGGACAAAAGCAGUGCCACUUAACUCAGCCAUAUUUACCUGUUUUUAGAUGUUGUGACUGCAAUGUUGGGAUAAUACCAAUUUUUCUGUAUAGAAUUGCCAACUUCUCCUCCAUUAUUAAUUUUUGACAUGAAAGUAUAUUAUUAUAAUUCUAUAUAUCAUGCUUACUUUUUACUAUUCUUGAUCAGGUGGAGUUAUCUCAUCCUGAUGCUGAGCUUCGGUUGCUUGAAGUCUUCUAUCACAAAAUAUACAAGGUAUGAAGUUACAUGCAUUGAUGUCAUUUAUUGUUUUACUAUAUUUUAUUAUUGGUGGGGGAAAAAUUCUGGGAAUUGUCAUUAAAUUCACUAAAUUCAGUUUUCAAUUAUUAUUGGUGCUUGUGCUAUUGACUAUCAUACAAAACACCAUUUUCUCAUUGAAAUAUGUUUAUCACUUUCUGCCCUGUGCCUGUGCAGGUCUUCCCUCCCAAUGAAAAGAUUGAAAAUAUUAAUGAUCAAUACUGGACAUUACGAGCAGAGGAGGUAGGAAUCUCUUUCUGUGCGUGGGGCUAGAAAUGAGGGAGAUACUAUUUAGUGUGUACUGAAGUAUUCCUGCUUUGAUUUGAUCAAAGGCUAUCACUGCCUGCCUUUUUCUUCUAAAUAUAUAAUUUGAUACUAUUUUUAGUAGUUCAAUCUCUCAAAACCCUUUCAUGGUUAUAUUCAAAUCUUUCAGAUUCCAGAAGAAGAGAAAAAUCUUGGUCCUCAUGAUCGUCUAAUUCAUGUGUACCAUUUCAAUAAAGACACAGCUCAAAACCAAAUGGUAAAUAGUUUAAUUGAUUCAUUUUGUAUUGUAAAAUUUAAAGCAUUUUGAUCUCUUUGAUAUUUCAUGCUGACAUUAAUUGUAUGACAAAAGUAUUGUAUUUUUGUUUUUCCUGUAAAAUUCACAGCAAAUUCAAAAUUUUGGAGAGCCAUUUUUUCUGGUUAUACAUGAAGGUGAAACUCUAUCUGAAAUUAAAGCGAGAAUACAAAAGAAACUUCAAGUUCCUGACGAUGAGUUUAGCAAGGUAUUUUCUCAUUUACCUGUGUUAAUAUUUUUUAUGUCUGGCUUUGAGUUACUUUGUAUGCUUGGUGGUUUCCUUAAGAACAAGUAGGUUAGUAUGUCUGAUUUCACUUAACCUAUCCGUGUUUAUUGUAUUUCUUGUUUGGCCAGUGGAAGUUUGCUUUUCUAUCACUAGGGCGUCCUGAGUACCUUCAGGAUUCUGACAUUGUAUCUGGUCGUUUUCAGGUGCAUUUAUUGAAACUUGAAUCUUUUUUCUUGGAUAUUCAUCACUAUUUCAUUUGUUUGAUUUUGUUUUUGCAUUGUACUUGUUUUGGUUUCUUAUGAUAGAGAAGAGAUGUUUAUGGUGCUUGGGAGCAGUAUCUUGGAUUGGAGCAUACUGACAAUGCUCCUAAAAGAUCAUAUGCUGUCAACCAGGUCAGUGAAUUUUCUGACUAGAUCAAAGAUUUGUCGAAGUACAAUUCAGUUGAGCGUAAAAAACUUUGUUUUGUUUACAUCAUUCAAAAUUACAUGGCUUUUAUUUUCAGAAUCGCCACACAUUUGAGAAGCCAGUAAAGAUUUAUAAUUAGGAAACCACUAUUGAUGAGUCAUGAAUGGAAUGAGUCCGGCAUAAUUACAUAUCUAUGGGCUUGUAAACAUGGCAAAGAUGGCUAAAGGCUACUAUGUAUAGGACUAAUGAAUCAGCAAUUCAGGUGGUGUCUGCAGACUUUAAGUUAGUUAUGUGGUAUGUAAUUCUUUCUGUCAAUGGAGUAACAUUGCUCUCAACACCUUGUAUCUGCCAACCACAGCGCCUUGAGCUUUUUACUACUUCCGUUUUUAUAUGGAGGUUCUUCAAGUUGAGAUCAUUGAUCAUCAUCACUGAACUGUAUCAGUACAUAAGUUUUUUGGAUUAGUGAGUGUAUACAGGGUAUAGUUGGUUGACUUUUUGUCAUUUUUCUUGAUUGCUUCCUGAUUUUGUCCAGUUAGAAGUGUUAAUCUAAGGGGGAGCUGCAUAAUAUUGUACCAGCUCUUAUGUAAAAGAUUUGCCAGCCUCCAUACAUCUCGUCAGCCUAAAAUUUUCACCAUUUCAUAUGGUUGCUUCUUCUAUUCUCCCCCACCGCCCCUCCUCUCAUCUAGAAAAAGUAUGGACAGUACUUUAGCUAUAUGAAGGACUAUGCGGCUGUUGACACUACUUUCUAUUGGCAAAAUGUUUCAAACGCCGGUGUGCAGAAGUUGUUGAACUCUAGUGAAGGGCUUUGAUGAAAAAAUGGAGGCAGAAGGAUUAGGCUUGAAUUUUAGUUUGUAUUUUUCUUGCUACAGAUGCUGGUGGGAAGGGAAUCGGUGUUGUCAUUGAGUUUGAUGAGAGAAAAUUCAGAUACUCGAGAGAAGGGAAAUGGUCAAUCCUUAUAUCGAGUUUAAUGAGAAACAAUGUUUUCUGUAACGUGUAUUUCAUUGCGCUCAUGCAGAAGGGAUCAUUUUUGUUGAUAAAAAAGAUAGUAUGCGAUGGAUCUCACAAUACUAAGUGAUCUCGCGCAAAUUAUAUGCAUAAAGUUCUACUAUAAUUAUGAAUGCGCAAGGCCAUGAGCAAUCCAAACGUAAACAACGAUUCGAGACUUCCACGCCUGACAGGUACUUAAUUAGUUAAUCAGUGUGAAUAAUAGAUUAAAUUAUAAAUUUACUCCUUAUUUCACAUUUUUUAGUUU